UUACAUUUUAAUAGUGUUCAGACCUAGCAAGUAGCUGUAAUAAGUUAGCUAGAUCAGCAAAAUUUCUUAUGGUACUAAUAAGCUGCUACAUUUACCGUAUUUUUUUUAUAGAAAUAGGGUGCUUUUAUGAACUUGUGUACUAAAUGCAGCAGGAGAUAGAUAUAUUAGUGUGAAAGGUUAGUACUUCUAGUGGGUAGUAUAGAGACUAGGAGUUACUAGCAAGCAGCUGUACUACAUGCUGCAUGCAUGCAGUACUGCGCCCAUGCAGCACUGCUAGACUAGAUGCAUGCAAGCAUCUACCCCCUCCGUCCCAGAAUGAGGCAAUUUCUGGCGGGAAGGAUUUGUCCCACAAAGAAGCGAUUCCAGCCCAAAAAACCAGAUAUUUUAUCUAUCGCAUCUAUCUGUGGGCCAUACUACUGAGGGCAGCGACCUCUCUCUCCUCUCACACCACAGAAACAUUAUCUCUUCCCCUUCCCGGAAUUGCCACCUCUCUCUCUUGCGUACUCCUCUCGUCUCUCUCUCAUUCCCAGAUCUUUCCCCUCCGCACCUCCAGAUGCCAAAUCGAAGCCGCAAGCUUCCCUCCCUCCCGAUCCUCCCCGCACACCCCUCCCCGCUCCACGCCGCUUCCCCUCGCUCCCGCUUCUCCCUUCGAUGUUCUGCGUUCACCAGGAUGCGGCCGCUCGGAUGUGGUGGCAGACAGUUGCGAGGGUUUAGAUCCGAUAAAGGAGGCGGUUCCGGUGGAAAGAUUUGGCUCGGUAGCAGCAUUCAUGGAAGCGGCAUAAAAAAUUAUGGUUUUGAUUAAAGAUACGCGAGCCAAGGCAGAGGAGGUGUGCCGUCUUGCGGUUCUUAUUCAAGAGGCUACGGCAGGAGGCGGCUCGAAUGUGGCAGCGGUAUCGGAGCUUUGCAAGGUGGUGGCGACGGCGGGGGAUGGAAGCGGUUCGGGUGUGGCAAAGGCAUUAGAGGUAUGCAAGGCGGUGGAUGUGAUGCACAAGGAGGUGGCGGCGCCCGCGGAUCUGAUGCAGGUAGGGACAACAGCGGAGAAGGUGGCUUACCGACCACCUUUUCUAAUUCCGGCGCCAAGAGCUGUGGACAUUGGCGGCGAUGAGGUAGAAAAUCCAUCCUGCUACCAAAGGACAAUAUUGGAAGACGAUAGCGACCACAAGCCCCUCUUCGAGAAGGCACUCGUCGGGCAAAUCAACAUUGAGGAUACGAGUGGAAAAGCUAAGGAUGUGAUCAGCGAGGAGGGGAGCAGCGAGGAGAUGAAGGAUAGCGACAAUGAUGUUGGCAUGGUCAUUGGGGGAUAUGCGCAAGAUCCAUACGAUGAUAGAGGCCUAGAAGAACUCAUGCAAGACCAAGAUGCCUUGGAAAAAUCGGUCUUCCUCAUCGGCAUCAAAGUUGAGAUCAAAAGGAAAGGCAUUAUGGUUGUGACCUCCAUUUACUUGCAGAACUUGAUCCAUGGCAUCGGCAUCGUCUACAAUAACAAAUACCAUAUUAUUCUAUAUUGGUCCAUGGUUCCAUAUAUCGUGCUGAAGUUCAGAGCUCUUUGCGCACAACAUUGGAGAUGCAUACAAGUUGAUAUCAAAAGGAAGCACAUGGAUGGCACCUCCGUGGAGAUCACCUCCAAGCUGGUCAUCCUCUUGAUCAGCCACUGCUGCUUCUUCAGCCACUGCUUCAUUGAGAUUAGAAACUAGUCAAGAUGUGAUGUCAUAGGGAAAUGGUGACAUGCAAACCGAGCGGAGAGUGUGGCCUACUUAGUCUUUAGUCUUUAGAGGCAUACAAGAGGACAUACCUGCAUGCUAGGUAUAGGUAUCGUCCUGGUGAUAAUAAGUUGGUCAGUGAACCAACCGAUGUAUUAUGCAAUGUAGCAGGUGAAAAAUAAAGAGAAAAUUCCCCAUGUACCCAUGAAAGUUCACCUAAUCCUUUAUAUGCCCCUAAAUUUUGCUCAUUCUCUUACAUACCCCUGAAUUUUAGUUUGGAUCCCUUCCACGCCCUUUUCGCUAGUUGACCGUUAAAUUUUUAUGAAAAGGUCCAUUUUGCCAUUUGCUAUGAAGAAACAUAAUAAAUUAAUAGAGUACAUUGUUGGAGUGUAGAAAUUUGUUGGAUGAGAGUAUUAUAUUUACGAGUUUGUUAUGCACCAUAUUAUUUCUGACUAUUUUAAUUUUAGAUAUCACAUAAAUGUUAAUAUUUAUUUAUUAGUUAUUAAAAGUUUUUUAUGUAGCAUAUGUGUUUUGAUAGUAAUACAAUAGAUUUGUUGUAUAAGACAAAUAUAUUUAUAUGCCACAUAAGCAACUUUAAUACUAAUAAAUAAGUAUUAAUUUUUUAUGUCAUAUCUAAAAGUAUAUUUAUCGCAAAUAAUAUGGUGUAUAACUAACUCAUAAAUAUAGUAGUCCCAUCUAAAACAAUUUUACGCUCCAACAAUACACUCUAUUAAUUUAUAUGCUUCUUCAUAGCAAUGGGCAAACUGGGCUUUUUCAUAAGAAUUUAACGGUCAACUAGCGGAAAAGGCAUGGAAAAGAUCCAAACUAAAAUUCAUGGGUAUGUAAGGGAAUUAACAAAAUUCAAGGGCGUAAAAGGGAUUAGGUGAAAUUUCAGGGGUACACAAGGAAUUUUCUCAAAAAUAAAUGGAACCACGGCUGUAGGUGUAAAAGCUCCAGUUGUGAUGGUUAGACAUUACACCUUGCCUUGUAUCCUUAUGGACAUAUAUAUAAAUAUUUAGUAUAUAUAUAUAUAUAUAUGCUUAUAAGGAUACGGCAGGUUGUCAGGAAAAAAAAGAAAAAAAAUUGGGUCAUGUCAAAGACCUUACUUUUACUUUUGUUCCAGUAUUCGCUUAAGGAUAGGAAUAGCCAUAUCUCGCUCGUAGUCAUAUCAGACUUAUGAUAGGAGUGGUAUUGAAGGAAAACCACAUGAUAGCUUGGUACUCAUCUACCUAAUAUUCUAGAAGCAUGUGUUUUUAUUUAGGAAAGAGAUUCUGAUUCAAACCCAAUUCCGAGAAUGAAAUAGCUUGCUGUAUGAUAGAACCUGGCUGGUUCUGUUGGAAAGUCAGGCAAUAUUUGGAAAAUCCUAUGCUGGUUCUGUUGUUGUGCAAGAAACUAUUGCCUUACUUUAUGAUGAGUUUUCCCCUUGUGUUGCAACAACCAAAUUCCGUUUUGUUCCAAGCAAGACCUAUUCCUUUCCAAAUUCGUACUUAUGCAAAGCUUUAGGGGUCUAGAGAAGGGUUAAUUUGAUCCGUGCCAUCGUAACUAUGCCUAUUCAGAUAAAUGCCAUUACAAUUCGUCUAUUCAUAGCUGUGCCACUUAAAUUUUACAAAAUUAGAACCAUACCAUCGCUGUCACGUUUUCCAUCAUCUUCCCCAUCUACACGUGUGACCCAACAUUCAGAUUCAUCUUUUUUUUUCACCUUCUUUGUCUUCUUCCUUCCCAAAUUGCUAUGUUCUUCUCGAUCACAGUCAGAGAUCAAAGGAACAAACGAACAAACACUACUAUAACAUUGAUUUUCCUGGACAUCCCCUUUUUGUUUCCAUACAGUCGUAAGUGGAAAUGCACGGAAAAAUAAGGAACCGGCGCUGGGGUGUCGCCCGCAUCGAAAAAUCAAUUUUCCCGUGUGGGCGUCCUAACCCAACCACACAGGAUAUUCCUAUCUCCUUUCCCUCUCAACCACUUCAAAAUUUUCAUAUCUCUCUCCUCCUUUUUUUCCCUUUUUCCCGUGCAACCUCAACCACUCCCACCUCUACCUUAUCUCUUCUCCCUCAACCACUCCCCAUCCACCUCUCUUUCUCUCUACCUUAUCUCUUCUCCUCUUCUCUCCGGCUUCCCACCGGUCUCCUCCCCGGCUGGCUUCCCCUCCUCCUUCCCCCUCCCCUGGGCGAGGCGGUGGCUGGGCGCGGCGGCGGCCUGGGCGACGGCUGGGAGUGGGCCGACGACGACGAACAGGCCAGAAGGCGAGCCGGCCACGGCAGCGAGUGGGCGAGGCGGCGGCUAGGCGAGCCGGGCGCUGGGAAAAACACAGAGAAACAUGUAGAACAAAGGGCUGCAAGAUUCUUGCCAACUACAGUGAAGGCAGGGAUGUGGCGGCUGUUAACACUAAUCAUGACUUGUACAUGUAUUAGAAUAUUUUGCAUGUGUUGUCGUGCAUAGAUCGGUAAAGGUUCGCGCGUGUGUUGCAUGUAGGAGUUAAUUUAAUUAGUGGAAUAACUAGAUGCAUGGAAUUAGCAAGUAGUUAGUUAGUUGUAUGCGUGAUUAGGUGGUCAGGCUGGUAGACCGCUUCAUGUGGAUCAUGGAGUUAGUGAGUCUGUUGUGCAUGAGUUCGUGGCUCGUGCAGGCCGUGCGUACGUGCGCGUAUGACCUGGGGAGUAGGCGCUCCCGUAUGUGCAUGUGAGGAAGACUAGCUAGCUAUAUAAGCUAUGUAAUCAUCUGUUUACGUGUGUGUUAAUUAACAAAGAAAAGAGGAAAGGCAUUAGUUGCCGCAAAAGCUA